AGUCAAUGUGAGAUGAAUGAAACUGUACAUACACAGAGCCUUUUUGCUGAAAUGUCAGUUAUGGAUGUGACUAAAGUUGAUUCUUCCCCUUCUUAUUAUUUUGCAAGUAACAAGAAAUUGAGGAAAUAUAUUAAAUUAAAUAAAUUUAUAAGGCGCACUCAGAAACUUAUUAAAUCAAAUAAAAGUGUGCAACUCAAUGUGAAACUUAUAAGGAAACAAAGUGACCUUGUGGAAAAAUUAGAUCGGUGUCAUGGAAAAUUACAGGACAAUAUUGAUUUAUAUGAGACUGAAAAAUUUAGACUUCAGUCCGAAAUAAGUAGAUUGAAAUGGUCACUCAAAACCUUAAGUGAUAAUUACAAUCAUAUUGUAAAAGAAAACCAACAGCAUGUUAACUCUGCCUCAGACCUGGUCGACCUCUGCCAUGAAAAUGAGGAACUGAUACAAGAUCUGAUGAGCAAGUGUUCCUGUCAACCAUCUCCCGAGGUGCAGUGCCGGAGCCCGGGGAGCGCGUUGAGUGAGUCGAGCGCCGCGCCUCUGCUGGCGACCCCCGCUCCGCGUCCCCUGACCCCGGCCGCGCCCCAGCCUGCACGACCUGACCUCAGGAGUCCCCAGAGCCAGGAGACGUCACAGUCAACCGACGACCCGCGCCGCCCGGGCCCCGCAGCGCCCGCCCCGGCGCCCGCCGCGCCCCUGCCCGCGCGCCCUGACCUGAGCCAGGACACUCCUCCCCCGUCGACAGUCGUCUACUCUGAUGGUAUUGGUGCCGGCCUCGGAUCCAUGUUGAGUGAAUGUCUCCAGCAGAAGCCAGUGGCAACAGCGCCAGCGGCGCCACGAGCGCAGGCGCGAGCGCAGCCUCUCCCGGGGGGCGCCCACAGCAUUUAAACUGACUGCUGAGACAGCGGAGAAGCCCCACGAGAUCAUGUUAGUCCACCAAAACCUACAGGGCUUCUCCAGCAAGGAAUUAGAGGUGGGUCUGUUCUUAGAAUCUCUAGAUGUAGAUAUUAUGUGUAUUACGGAACACUGGCUCAAGGAAUAUGAAUUGUUAUUACUCAACAUUUAUAAUUAUGAUAUAGUUAGCUCGUUCAGUAGAAAGUCGGCCAUUCACGGGGGCU